AUGGCAAUAGUGGUGACUUCCAUCAGGGGAGACAGUGGCAGCAAAUCUGAAUCUGGAGGUGUUGGCUUCAGGGUUUUUGUCUCACCGGAGAUGGUGGUAGUGGUGGUGGUGUUCGUCGGUGUUUUAGUCACAUUGGAGUUAAUAAUGGGCAGGAAGAAAAAGCCGGGGGUUCAACCUCUACUAACACAUCAAGCAAAAGGCGUAAUGGAACACUAUCCUGCAAAAACUGUGGUGGAAGAUCAUCAAUUAAUGGAAAAAGCUCUUCAAUUGGGAGUCUCUGUUCUUGGGUGUCACUUCAGUGAGAAGGCAGAACACAUUCCAAUCAAGAAAAGGAGAUUCUUAUUCCGGGCAUCAUCUCUGCCACAUAAUCCAUCACUGGAGAGUCCCAAAGCUUAUAAUCAUGAGCUAAAAUUAAACCCGAAUGCAGCUUGUCUACCCGAAUCAGUUACUGGAACGUUAGGGAACGUUGGGGAAGAAGAUAACAGGCAGCUUGAAACUGCCAUUUGUUCUCGGCACUCGGCGCCUCAUGAGAUCCGAUUGUAUCUAUCAUCAAAGGUGAAUCGAUAUCUCCAAAAUGGUUCCAUUAAUGUUCUUUUCAGCCAUUAUCGGCCUUCCUCAACAAUCUCUGCCUUCACAAAUGAGAAGAAAAGUUUUGAAAUGCAGAAUUUAAAGAUUUAAACACUCUGUGAGCACAUGCCACAGUCACACAGACAAAUUGCGGGUGGAAAGCGAGAAACAAUCUAUGGUAGAACAAGAUUCAUACAACUUCUUCAAAGUUGGCGGACAAUAUUAUUUCUUUUUUUUUAUAUGGUUGAAACAUAGGUGUAAUUUUGAUAAUUGUAAAUGAGAGUUUUGGG